UAUUUGCGCCAGUACGGACAGUAGCCUACAGUUUUGUAACGUGUUGUAAUUAUGAGUGAACCCACGACCUUCACUGAGGGAGAGUUCUAUGAGGGGCAUUUUGACUCCAGAGCAUAUGCGAAGAAUUUUUAUUCCUGCCCUAGCGGUCAGGCUGACGAGAAGAAUUUCCUUACUUUCGUAUUGAGAUGCCUUAGUAGAGUUUUCUCAGCGGGUAAGCAAUCCCUAUCAAUCGAAUCGCUAGGUCUAAAUGUUCUGUUAUUCCGAGAUUAUUUUGGCACAAAUGUUUGUUUUAAAGGAGAACAUAAAGGCAAGCUGCUGAUCGAUGUGGGCAGUGGACCAUCUAUCCACAGCGUCUUAAGCGCGUGCGACCAUUAUGACGAGAUCGUGCUGUCUGAUUUCGCAAGUAACAAUCGCAGAGAAAUUGAAAAGUGGCUGAAAAACCAAGAAGGAAGUUUAGAUUGGAAACCUGUGCUGCAGUAUGUCUGUGAACUGGACGGGAAAAUCCCAUCCAAAUUGGAGGCUACACUGAAACAACGAGUCAAGAAAGUUUUAAAAUGUGAUGUGCGGUUGGAGAAUCCAUUUGAUCCACACACACUGGAACCAGCUGAUUGUGUCAUUACAUCUCUGUGUCUGGAAGCAGCGUGUAAAGACAUCCAAACAUACUGUCGUGCUUUACAUGGGCUGACCAAACUACUGGGUCCUGGUGGACUUUUGGUCAUGAUAGGUGUUCUGGGUGAGAGCUUCUACAAGGUGGAUGAACAGCUCUUUUCUUGUCUUAGACUGAGUCAAGAUAACAUUAAAGAAGUGCUCAGUGGUUUAGGCCUCUCAAUCCAUGAGUUUACAAUACUGCCUGCAGCAGACAGACAGAACAAUGCUGUGUCUGACUUUGAGGCUAUUUUUCAUCUUGUAGCGAGAAAACCCUCUGAAUGACAGAGCAAACAGAAAGAUUUACAUAAUACAGCAAAACAGUUGUAUUUAAAGCUAAAGCAUACCAAAGAGGAGCUCACUAAAAAUGCGUCUGCAUCACAUUCGCGCUACAGCGGCCCCCUAGAUUUGGCAUUUUAGAUGAGUUUUGACUUUUGAAACUUGUAAUGUGUUUUAUAAUAUAAGGCUUUUAAAAAGAUGGAUCAUAAGAAGAAAAUCAUUUUGGUUAAAAUGUUCGCUUUUUUAAAAUAUACUAAUGAAGUAAUUAAAUGAUUUGUUUCUUUACACAAAUAGUACAAAAGAGAGCUUCGUCUGUGCUCUCGGAGAAUAUUAGAGAAUUCAUCCAAACAUUCCUCUUUAUGAACAAUUUUAAUAACCAACGAAACAACCAACAGCACGAAGGAAAUAAAGCAAGUAUAUCUUGGAAAUAAACCAAGACUAAGCUUGUGUAGUAUCGGUCAGCAUGACUCCAGGUCAUGGGCAUCUUUUGUUAGUACCACAAUCUCACCAGCAACACAGGGGAGACCCAGUCUUCGCAGUAUUACCUGUCAGAACUGCUUUUAUAUUAGCUGAAUUCAAAUCCAUGUUUAAAACACAGUUUUCUUUUGCUUUUAAUUAUUUGUAAUUGUGUAUGUUUUUCUUGUAUGUAUGUUUCUUUUCCUUCUCACCUUUAUGUACAGCACUUUGACCAACUAAGUUGAUUUUAAAUGUGCUUUAUAAAUAAAAUUGAAUCAAACUGAAUGUGAGAAUCUGCUUUAUAUCAGAGCAAGUGUUCCAAAUGGACAGUUAAAAAAAAAAUGAACUGAUUGGUUCUUGCUCUCAAGCAGAAAUUUGUGACUCUCACAGGCUUCAUUCUUUGAUUAUAAUACUUUAAUAGCCUGCUUCUCGUGGAGAGUUCAUAUAGUUAAUACAGAAAACUGCUUAAGUUGUGUGCAUUCAAAAGAGAUAUUUUCUCAACUUUUCAGUACAAAUUCAAACAUUCUGCUUGGAAUUGACUAAUUUAAUUUCACUGUAUCUUGAACUGAUUCCACUAUUUAAUUUUUGUGAUAAUAAGCGAGAGUGGGGUAAGACGUAUGUUGCAGAUUAAUGGGGUGACCAUUUGUCAUAUGACCAUAUAUUAAAAUGUGCCAAUUAUAUACAAAUGCCUGCAUUUUUCAGUUUAAUAUUUGUAG